AUGGCUACUGCUACCGACAGUUCUUCAACGGAAAUUAAUGUAGUGAUUAUCGGAGAAACAGGCACUGGCAAAUCAACUUUAAUUAAUUAUCUAACAAAUCUAUUCCACGAUGGUUCAUUAUCAAAUCUUAAAAUAGCUAUACCAACACGUUAUUUGAAAUCUACUAUGUCUUCAAUCAUGCCUAAACAUCAUGAAACGUUUCUAGAUGAUAUCACACGUUGCAAAACAAGCCAAUGUACAAAAUACCAAUUUCAAGUCGAACAAGUCUACUUCAACUUCUUCGAUACACCUGGUAUCAAUGAUACAGGCGGUUAUUUAGCCGAUAAUGAAAAUCUUAAUAAAAUCUUUGAAUGCAUUCAAUCAUUUGAAUAUCUCACAGCAUUAGUACUUGUUCUAAACGGUACACAGGCACGUUUGACAGUAAAUAUAAAAAAUGUUCUAGAACGUUUUCAUGAUCGUAUACCUGAUGGAUUUUAUUCAAAUAUGAUCCUUAUUUUAACCAAUUGUAGUUCGCAUACAGUUAAUUUCGAAUCAAUUAACUUUCUUAAUCAUACGGCAAUUUUUUAUAUGCAAAAUUCAGCAUUUUCGUCCGAUCCUCAAACAUGGUCAGAACAAACACGUGAAAUUUUACAACGAGAUUGGAAUAUUUCGAUACAAACAAUGAAUGAUUUCAUAAAAACUUUAGUUUUAUUAGCACCUGUUUCAACAAAAUCUUUAUUAGAUUUAAAUAAUGAUCGAAACAUUAUUCGAAGUGUUUUACAUGAAAGUCGUCUUAUGAUUAUGGAAUUGCAACAGAUUGAAGACGAAUUAAUUGCACUUGAACAAGCAGCAUUUAUUUAUUCAGAAAAUGCUGAAAAAUAUACAACAGAAAAUGGCGCACAAACAAAAAAUAUUCUGGUAAAUGAAAUUAUUACGACACCUUAUCACAAUACAUUAUGUUUACAAUGCAAUGCAGUGUGCCAUGAACGAUGCUCAUUGACUGAAACUACGCAAAGUGGUGAACAUGUUUUUCGGCGAUGCACAGUUAUGAAUAAUGGUCGAUGCACGGUAUGUCCUGGUAAAUGUUCAUAUGAUAUGCAUUAUCAUGAUCGACGUUUGAUCAAAUCUGUUCCGAAAACAUUGAACACUGCUAUAUCAUCCUUAUCGAAUAAGUAUAUUGAAGCAGAAAAAGAUAAAGUAGCAUGUAAACUCAAAUGUAAAAGUGUUCAAGAAACGAAACGUUUCAUUGAACAAUUAUUACAAGAACAAUGUGAUAAAGUCCAUGAUGCUUGUAUGCGUGUACAAAGUAAUUGCGAAGGGUUUAAUAUUACAGAAGAAUUAUGUACAUUUGUUGGUCUUCUGAAAAAUGAUUUGAAUACGUUGAGAUCAUCAGCAGUAAUUCUUAAAGCGGCAAAAUUUAUUGAAAAAUUAGAAAUACUUGCGAAUGAUCAUUCAUUGACAUUAUCCGAACGAUCGUAUCCAGCUGUAACUAAAAAGAAGAUUCGACAUUCAAAACGAAGAAACCAAGUGCAAGUCACAACAACAACAACAACAACGUCAAAUGAUGAUCUUAUGAUAAUCGAUGAAGGGCCAACAUCGGCAUUGGUUACACAAAUGAAUCAUAGUCCAAGCGAAUUUUUAUUAUUCGGAGAUGAUCUAUUUAAUCGUAUUAAAACUUCUCAACGAGACGUAUCAAAUUUUUCAACUAGUCCAAAAUAUGCUAAAUAUACAACAGCACAGCUAAUUGCUUUAACUCGUCAAUCCAUGGAGAAAAAUAUAAUGAUUGCAAAAGAAUUAAAUCGUCGUUGUGAAGCAGCUUCAAUUGGUUAUUUAUCAGCAACACAAUUAUUAACUCUAUGUGAAUAUUAUGCAUCGUGUCGUCUUUUAAGAACCGAUGAGCUUAAUCGUUUAUAUUUUCAACUCCAAUCGGAGUUACAACAAUCGAAUGAUUCUGUUUCAUCGGAAAUCAUGCCAAUGUCCGUUGACAAAUUGUUACAUUUAACUGCUAUAAAACUUUGCUUAGAAAAUACCGAUAAAUUUCAAUAG